UAUCACUUGACAGAUUAAAAGUGGUUUGUAGUUACUAAUCCUUGAACACCUCCGUGAAGUAUUAUCUCUGUUCCUCGUGUGGAAGCCUCAGAGGAAUGGCACCGGGGAAACCAUGCAAUUGACAGAACUGGGAACUAGAAAAAGACAACAAUGUGGCCUUCAUCUCAGAGACCUAAAGGACAAGGAAAUAAAGUUUCAGUACAAAACGGUUCGAUUCAUCAAAAGGAUGCAGUAAAUGAUGAUGAUUUUGAGCCAUAUCUAAGUAGCCAGACAAAUCAGAGUAACAGCUAUCCACCAAUGUCAGACCCAUACAUGCCUAGUUAUUAUGCUCCAUCCAUUGGAUUUCCAUACUCUCUAGGUGAAGCAGCGUGGUCCACUGCAGGAGACCCUCCGAUGCCAUAUUUGACAACCUAUGGACAGAUGAGCAAUGGUGAACACCAUUACAUACCUGAUGGUGUGUUUAGUCAACCUGGGGCAUUAGGAAAUACCCCUCCAUUCCUUGGUCAGCAUGGAUUUAAUUUUUUUCCUGGGAAUGCAGAUUUCUCUACAUGGGGGACAAGUGGAUCUCAGGGACAAUCAACACAAAGCUCUGCUUAUAGCAGCAGCUAUGGCUACCCUCCCAGCUCUCUUGGUAGAGCCAUAGCAGAUGGACAGGCUGGAUUUGGCAAUGAUACUUUGAGCAAGGUGCCGGGGAUUAACAGCAUUGAGCAAGGCAUGACUGGACUGAAAAUUGGUGGGGAUAUGACAGCUGCUGUGACAAAAACUGUAGGUUCAGCUCUGAGCAGUACAGGUAUGACCAGCAUUGCAGCAAAUAGCGUGCCCCCAGUUAGCAGUUCAGCACCUAAACCAACCUCAUGGGCUGCCAUUGCUAGGAAGCCUGCUAAACCUCAGCCGAAACUCAAGCCUAAAGGUAAUGUGGGAAUUGGAGGCCCUGCUGUGCCACCACCACCUAUAAAACACAACAUGAAUAUUGGAACUUGGGAUGACAAGGGGUCAGUGGUGAAAGCACCCCCUAUCCAACCAGUACUGCCUCCUCAGACUAUUAUCCAGCAGCCUCAGCCAUUAAUUCAACCACCACCAUUGGUGCAAAGCCAACUGCCUCAACAGCAGCCUCAGCCACAGCAACCACAGCAGCAACAAGGACCUCAGCAGCAGGCCCAGCCUCACCAGUUGCAGCAGCAACAACUGCAGAACCGCUGGGUGGCUCCUCGUAAUAGGGGUGUGGGCUUCAGCCAGAACAAUGGAGCUGGCAGUGAGAACUUUGGUUUAGGUGUUGUACCUGUCAGCUCUUCACCUUCUGGUGUAGAGGUGCAUCCAGUGCUGGAGAAACUAAAGGCCAUAAACAACUAUAAUCCCAAAGACUUCGAUUGGAAUCUGAAGAAUGGACGUGUGUUUAUAAUCAAAAGCUAUUCAGAGGAUGAUAUACACCGCUCCAUUAAGUACUCUAUCUGGUGUAGUACUGAACAUGGUAAUAAACGUUUGGAUGCUGCUUACCGUUCCCUGAAUGGAAAAGGUCCACUCUAUUUACUCUUCAGUGUGAAUGGUAGUGGACAUUUUUGUGGAGUGGCUGAGAUGAAGUCUGUUGUGGACUACAAUGCAUAUGCUGGAGUCUGGUCUCAGGAUAAGUGGAAGGGGAAGUUUGAUGUUAAGUGGAUCUUUGUCAAAGACGUUCCUAAUAACCAGCUGCGGCACAUUCGUUUGGAAAACAAUGACAACAAACCAGUUACCAAUUCGAGGGACACUCAAGAGGUACCCCUAGAAAAAGCGAAGCAAGUGCUUAAAAUAAUUGCUACUUUCAAGCAUACCACCUCAAUCUUUGAUGACUUUGCACAUUAUGAAAAGCGUCAAGAGGAGGAGGAAGCCAUGCGUAGGGAGAGAAAUAGAAACAAACAAUAACUGUACGGAGAUGUCCUGCUAGAAUUACAACACUAAUGAUGUAGACUCUGGAAAUGCCUAAUAUGUCUAAGAAGACGUUAUUAAAGCUUUUUUCUGCUUAAGGUGACAUCUUUGAACACUUUAACACAAAAUUGACUCUUGUAAUGGUUCUCAUCAGUGCAUCUGCCCUUAUACUCUCUCACCAAACACACUUGAGAACUGUAACUUCGUCAAGCACUUUCUGUCCUGAAGCUUUUACCAGUAUCUGCUGUCUUUUGUAUUUAUGCAUCCUAGCUAAGGCACAGGAGACGAAACGAAUGCAAGGAUUCAUUAACUCUUUGAAUUUGUUAAAUACUAACAAUUAACCAUUAGAAGUGGUUCAAUGAUGUGAGAUUCACAUUGCUUCAACUUAUUUUUUCUUUGUAGGUUUUUCUUUUUUUUUUUAAUUGUCAGUUUUUAGCUAUUCAACAGAUUAAAAGCAAAAUCAUGCCAUAUUUAGUCCUGGAGUAAAACUCAAGUCUAAAUGUUCAUGUGAAAAUUAUUGUAGUAAACUUUUAAUAUGGCAAAGCAACUUUAAGCUGCAGUUUAGCCAAAUGAAACGUAACAUGAAAUUAUAUUAGAAUGACAUUUCCCUUGUUUCAAACUGUUUGGUGUAAGAGAAUAUUAAUAUGCAGCUUGGUGGAAAACACCAGCUAAUGCACAUUUCUUUAUUUUUUCUGUAACAUGUAUACUGAAAAAAGUGCAUUUGUCUGAGGAACUGUUUGUUUGCUACCACUCAAUGAAUCUCAGUUUUGAGUAAAUGUACCUCAGUCUAAAUCAGACUUUUUAUGACCUUUAUAACUACAUUUAAAAUAAUCUUUAAUUCCUAUUUCUGGGUGUUUGCAAGCCUGACAGAUUGCUAUCAUGGAAGUGAAAAUUUACUCCUCUAGGUGAUUCACUAGCUAAAUAAACCUAAUUCUUGUUUAGCAAGCAUAUACUCUGUUUCUCAACUUUUUUCCCCCCUCCUGUUGUAUUAUUUGGGCAUUCUCUUUAUUCAAUAUAAUUCUGGAAACACUUUGAUCCAUGGAUGCAUUUUGUAUUCACCACUGUUUACAAGUUCUUGGCUAAAGCUAUAUUACUGUGCGUUUAGGAUACCUAUUAAUCUGGAUACUCUUAUACUAGUUUUUAAUUCUUUUGAAAAUAUCUUUUUCAAUUCUAUAGGAAGAUGAAUUCUGUCUUCUGGAAGAGAAUGUUCAAAAAUGUCAAGCAGCUGUAUUAACUGCAUAAAAUACUGAACAGCCUGUACAGACUCCAAGGAUAGCUUUCUCUUUUUAGAACAGCAAUGUAGAAGGCAGAUAUGUUAAAGCUUAAAAUAGCAAUACUGCAUAUUAUUUGAAUGUGUGUGGUGUCUCUUACUAACCAACACAAAUGUUUACAUUGUGUUUGAAAUCUUUGAUUUACAACAGUUUUUAAUCGUGUACAUUGUGAAAUUUAAGGACAGGCAUUGCUUUUUUUUUAAUACAGGCUAUUUUACAGUAUUGUGCUACUUUCUUCCCGCUGCCACCAUAUAUAUAUAUAGCAUUUAAGACCUUUGACAAUUCUUUGGUAAGAAUGAGCAUACUGAAACAAUCAGAUAGUUGCACACAGUUUAGCUUGUCCCAGCUUUCUAAAAGUUUGAAAGGUAAGAGGCACCCAGCAAUGUAGAGAAGGCAGCAGUUGGGGGAGAUUAAUGUAGAUGGGGGAGAUGCUGAAGGCAGCAGGUGGAGAACAGGAACAGAGGGAGAUGGAUAAAAGAAAAAAGCUGAAUAUGUGGAAUGAAAUAAUGCCAAGUGAUUGGGCCAGAAGGGUCUUGGAAUCAUAGCAAGUCUUCUUCCAGAAGCCGGGAUAGAACCUGGGAUUUCUGAGCCCACAGAUUCUUCAUACAGUAACAGUAGCUUUAAAAACUCACUGACAGAUCUCAUCCCUUCCCACCCUGCAACCUCCCCACCCCCUGGCUGGUUGGUAGAGGAUAAAUAACAGAUCAUUGCUAUUAGUGUAUUUUUGUAAUGCCACUGCAUUAGUGCAUGUGGUAAAGAUUGUAGUGACUCCGAAGGGUGCAGUUACCACGUACUGCCACACAGUAACAUUUCCAUGUUUUCCAUUUGUUUUUUAAAAAUCUGAAGUUAUGUGGAAGCCUUCACAACACUAGCAUUCUCCCGAUGAAGCCAAGUAUUCACAAAUUAGAAAAUUUGGUCCAUUGAUAGUUCUUAGUUACUUGAUCACAUGCUUUUUUUUUUUUUCCCCUAUUGGCUCCUUUGCCUGAUUCAUUGCAGUACAUGGACUUUGCUCAGGGAAUGAAUGAGACUUGUGGAAGAGGCUACUGCAUCAUUUGUUGUAGAAAUUGGAAGGUACAGAGGAAAGAAAACCAGAGAUUGCAAGAGCAGAGAAUCAUGAGGCUUAAGGCACUUGUCAUAGACUUCCUACUUCAUGCUGGCUUUGCCUUCUGAAUCUAAAACUUGUGUGGUCAUUAAUAAUGUAUUUGUCAUUUUCUGGGUGUCCAGCUUAAGACAUUUCGGGCCUGAUUUACAUUAAUAUUGAAAACUCUCACAUAAAACUAAAAUCAGCAGCACUAUUUAAGCAUAGUCAAUUUUGUAAAAUAUCAGUACGCAUUAGGCCCUGAGUGUGUCCAAUUGAGCUGAAAACCAGUGGACACUUGUUAUUUUUAGGCUUCAUCUUUCUGUGCCUGAGCCUAUCCCUCUGUGUAUUUUUAAAAAAAAAAAAAAAAGGGGGAAUAAAUGCUGCCUUAUUUUAAAAGAGUGCUGUGUUUGCAAAGUAAUUAUGUUAUAGUGAUGAGAGUCAUAGAAACAUCCACAAUGAACAUAUGAAUUCAGUUUAAGGUUUGGAAGGUGUACAGUAAAUAAGGUACAGUGCUAUGUGUUAAGUAAGAGUUUAAAGAAAUAUUAAAUGGCUACCAGUUGGUGAGUAUUCUUCAUUCUGUGCAUUGAAUGAGGCAGGAGUUCAAUUGAGAAUACAGUAAGUGAUCAUGUACCUAAAGGGUGCUGCAUAAUACAUGCACAAGGAAUAAAUUAUAGUAGAGAAACUGUCAUAUUUUAAGUGUUCUGAAAUUUAAAAAUGGGCUGUUUUUGUAUGUGCUGAGACUGGUUUAUCUUUCCCAGCAAAAGUUGGGUUGAAUAAGCACUGCAUUGUAAAUCCAGUAAGCAGUGGCCUUAUUUAUAUAUAUAUUUUUCCUAUCUAGACUAGCUUUCAAAAUUGCUAGUAAUUUUCUAGCAAGAAAGAUGUUAAAAUAGUUCUCCAGAUGUUUCUAACAGUAAGAAAGCCUACUAUGGAUCUGGCCUUUUUAAUUUGUUGCCGCAUUAACUUUUAAAUGGAUACUUUGAGGCAUUCAAAUACAAAAUGCGAUUCAUGGGGAAGUGGGUCUUGCACAUUUUGGAAAAAUAAUAUAAGCCAUUUGAUUAUUUCAACCCAUUUUACUGCCAUUUUCAUUUUAAGGAAAUAGGAGACACCUGUCUUCAAUAACGUGUGUAUUGCCAUGUAAAGAUCAUUAUCUAAUUUUCUGAUAAACUUAAAAGAAAAAUUUAAGAUAGAAUGAUUCAUUUAAGUUCAUUCAGAGGAAAACAUGGGUUCUUGAAUUUUGUUUGUUCCUUCAUAUGAAUUAGAAUGCAGUUAAUUAGGUGAGAACUUCUGUUUGGCAUGGAAAUUCACCAUUUGGUCCUUUUUAAUCAUUCUGAGGGUUUCAAUAAAGAGAACCUGUUCACA